CAAAAGUGAAGUUUCGUAUAUUCAAAACAAAUAAUUUUACAUUAAGAUCAUCUAUAGUUUAAAUUUUUUAUCAGUCUUUCUGUGAUAGUGUCGUAGUUAUUAUUGUACAAUGGCUGCUUUAUUUACUUCAGUCGGAACUGUGUUGCGUUUAGGACCCAAAGAAUAUGUACGUCAAAAAUUUAAGCUACCCAUUGUGAAAUUCAUACACGACACAAUAAACUUAUACAAAUCUCGAACCAAAGCAGGUGUAAAUAACAUAAGGGAAGUAUUAUUUCGGGGCACAGUUAUAGCUUUAAUAACAGCCUUUCUAGUGUGGUUGUCUAUAUUUAUGUACAUAGCAUUCUAUUAUGUAUAUGUACCUACAAUAUCCCAUGAGAGGCCAGUGCAUCUAAAGUUCAAACCAUGUGGUGCAACAGAUGAUUGUACAGUAGACAAGAAAGGAAUGUGUAGUUUUCCAACCGCUCAUGUACAAUUAACAAAAAAGCAGCAACUUUUAAUGAUGGGUCAAGCCUAUAAAAUUCACUUAGAACUAGAUAUGCCAGAAUCACCUGCAAAUAGAGAACUAGGAAUGUUUAUGGUGUGUGUGGAAUUUAUGGGGAAAGAUGGAUCCCUUGUUGACAGUUCUUGUAGAUCUACUAUGUUACAUUAUAGAAGUACCUUGUUGGAUGCUCUGUACAAGUUACUGUUUAGUCCGUUUUUUGUUUUUGGUUCAGCAGAAGAAAAACAGAAGAUUACAGUUGAGCUGUUUGCUGAAUAUGAAGAGAAAGAGAAUGAACCAGUAACAGAUAUAUUUUUAGAAAUUCAAUCACGGCAUAUAGAAAUUUACUCUGCGAAGUUCACUGUUAAUGCACAAUUUUCUGGACUGAGAUAUGUGAUGUUUCACUGGCCUGUCAUCUCUGCUGCAAUGGGUAUUACAGCCAAUCUAUUCUUUAUUGCGCUUGUUUGUCUGAUCAGCUGGUAUCAGAUAAUCCAUUCAGAAGAAUACGUAGAGUAUAUCGAGCAAUCCAAAGGAAAGAAAGUCGACAAUGAUUCCGAUUCCUCGUAUUCUGUGGACUACGAUGAUGCAUCCGUGAUAGAUGACAGAGAUAUCAGAUUUAGAGGAGAAUUACACGAAAGCGAUGUGGUUGAAAACAUCGAACUUAUUUAAACUGUGUAGCUAAAAUAUAAUAUGAUCUCUUCAGAAAGCAUUUAUUGUUCAAUCAACUUAUGUAACAGAUUUCAUACUUUGGAAUAAGAAAACUUUCAUAAUCUUACUAGAACUACUUAAUCACAAUAUUACAAACUCUUCAUGUUAAUAGGUUAGUUUAAAACCUUAUUUUGUUUAUCAUUUACAGUUUAAAACCGUACUUUUUGAAUGUCCUAAAGAACUCAGUUACUUCAAAUUAUAUUAUAACCUAUAACAACUUUAACAACAAAAUUAGAAAUAAAAAAUGCAUUUUUAGGUUAUGUAUACUCAACCUAGGGACCUAUGAAAAAUAGUCAAGUUUUGUAAUAACCUAAUUUUUAAGUUGCAACCUAACGAAAAACAGAUUUUUGUCGAAAAAAUCACGUUUUUUGAUUGUAGGGUGAGGGGCCAAGGUGGCGGACGAAAAUUACACCGUCUUAUUUUUUUAUUCACAUAGAUUGUAAAAAAUGAAAAGAAAAUUUAAUUCUGGGUGUCUAUUUUAACGGAGGGUACCCUUUUGUAGAAGAUCUCACGGAUUCCGGCUACAUUGGAAUAAUACCAGAAUGAGCUUUUCUGGUACCUUCGAAAUAAAUGUUUCUUUUAAUUAUUGUACAGAAUUUUUAUAAUUUAGUAUAUGAGAAAGUAGCCUGUUUUAUUUACCGAUGUUCUAAUGCUCUAGCUAAAAAUCUGAGUAUAAAUAUAAAUGUAAGAUUAUGAGAUGUUUUCGUUUGGACACUGGAGAUUUGAAAGAUUUAUUUAUUUGUUUUUAUGUUUCAAUUUUUAAUUUUCAGUUUUGUAUUAAAAAAAAUAGAUAUAUUUUUGGAGCUAGUUUUAUAAAUAUCCAAUGUCAGAUUUUUCUGAUGAACAUCAAACUGUGUAGUAUUUAUGCUUCAUAGUAUUACGCAUUUAAGGCAUAAAAUUUUAUCUAAAAUCUGUUGCAAUAUCCAACGCUUUAUGUGGGAUUUUUUUAUAGAAUUGACACUCAUCCCUUUUUAUUGGUCAUAAUUGUCAAAUAUAUUGAAAAGUGUUGAAUAUUGGAUCAUGUUUAUAAAGAUUAUAUGACGGCGUGCAUAACUUUUACAUAUAUUUAUAUUAUUUCUUUAUUCAACCAAUGUAGUUACGAAAUAUUAAGCAAGCAAGCAAGCAAAACUAGUAAUCCCGUAUUGAAAGAGGUUUGUAUACCCAUAUGUAUAUUCUGGCACACAAGUUAUUGGAGUGAAAAGAUUGGUCCAAGUAAAUUAGUAGCCCCAGUAACACGCUGAUGUCCUAUGGGAGGCUACUAUCAUAGUUAUUCUUGUUAUAAGAGAGUCCCGAAGAAAAAGGGCCCUUAUAAUGAUUCCUUUACCGAGUAAUGCGAACAGUACUUGGGGAGCAAAGUGUUCAACCAGUGCAUUCUUCCUAUCGUGACAUAUGGAUGUCAAACCUGGACACUAAUCACAGUAAAUAUUAAUUAACUAGCCACAACAGAAAAGGCAAUGGAAAGAACAUAGAUACAUAGAUUUAAAGAUCUGGGCCUUUUGGCCUGCUCCACUGCGAUCUUUUCAGAUCUAUUGUGGUCCUCUAGUCCUAGAUAACAUUCUCUAGCCUGACCCUUUUUAAAAAGUCUAAUAGCUUCGAGACUGUACCUUCCAUGUAGCUAUUUGAAGGUGGAUUUUCUUCUACUAAUGCAAAGAACUGCGCAUUUGCCAGACUGCCACGCUGACUUAGAAUGUGCUCUGCUGUUUUUCUUAGACGUGACAGAAUCUGCACAGGUCAUCAUCUGAUAAUCCCAUUAGCUUCAAGUGCCUACUCAUCUUACAGUGCCCUGUUAGAAGACCUACUACGGGCUUUGACUGUUUUCCUGUCUUUGCUUAUUAGAUCUGCCGUAAAUUUUGGCGAAUGUUCUUUAAUGAACUGUUUCGCCUGCCUUUGUCCUGGUCAAUUCCUCAACCAUUCCAGAGAUUUGUGAGUUAUCCACUUCCUUGUAGCCGUUCUUGUUACUGUCCUUGCAACACCGCAGAAGGAAUCAGGUUCAAUGAAUGGCAUUGAUGCGCCUUGUUUGGCCAUUUCAUCUACUUCUUCAUUGACCUUAUGACCCUCGUGCCCCGCUACCCAGGCUACCGUAACCUUGCUAUGGUCUCAUAGUUUAUUUAGGGUACACACCAUCCCAUACUAGCUUAGUAUUGACCUCUACAGAAUUUAGUGCCGUAAGCUCUGCCUGACUAUCUGUGAAGAUAGCAACUGAACAGAAAGUUCUUUUCUGCCUUUCUAUUUCUUUCACGCAGUGAUGGAUUGCCGUUGUUUCCGCCUGGAAAACUGUCACAUCCUUAGAUAGACUUACCGGGAAAUGUAUCGCUUGAUUUAUCCCUACUAUGCCAGCACCCACACCCUCCGAUGUUUUUGAGCCUUCCGCGUACCAGGUAGCAGCAGCGUGUAUGAGUACACCUUCACUCCAGUCUUCCCUGCUUGGUAUUUUAAUUGUGAACUUAUUGUCAAAGCUAUAUCUCGUAGCUGUUGCAUCGAUAUGUUGCCCCAUUACGAUAUCGGCUUUUACCUCCUCGAUUAGCUUUCUUUUGUCAGCACCAUGCAUCUGGCUUAUAUGUCGCCGACUAUGGAUUAAUCUGUGACACUCGAGAUUCAGCAGGACUUCCAAAGCUGCUGUAGGAGUUGUUUUUUUGGCCCCCGUAUACAGGCGUGCUACCCUUUGUGUAUUACCUAGCAGCCUUAUAGCUCUCACUUGCUGCGUCUUUGUCCACCACGUCACUGACCCAUAGGUUAUCAUUGGUCUAAGAGCCCUUGUGCAUGAUAAUAGAGUCAUUUUGGAGUUAAGUCCCCAAUUCUUACCGCACAUUCUUCUACACCUGGCCAACGGCAUAGUAGCUUUCUGUGUGGUUUUCAGAAGGUGAGUAUUCCAUGUAGUCUAUGAUGAAAAUGUACCCCAAGGUAUUUUGUUUCUUUGGCAAAUGAAAUCUCCGUUUUCUUUCCAGCACCGGUGGUUUUAGGCCUUGUAGGACUGUUAAUUAUUAAUCUUAAGAAAUCACAAUUAGUGUUAUUGAUUUUAAGAAACCAAGAUCAGUAGUCUUUGCUCAAAAAUUGAAUUUAAAAAAUCGAGAUCAAUGAUAUUUUUUUAAGAUCGAUCUUAAGAAAUUAUGAUCUGUGGUUUUGCUUGAAGAUUGAUCUUAAGAAGUCACGAUUAGUGGUAUCAAUUAUAAUAAAUCAAAAUCAAUAGUAAUUAUUGAAGAUGGGAUUAGAAAAAUGAAAUAUGUGGUACUGAUGUUUCAGAAAUCAAGAUCAGCUUUUUUGACUAAAGAUUGGUUUUGAGGAAUUAGGAUUUGUGAUAUUGAUUGAAGAUUGAUUUUAAGAAAUCAAGGACAAUGAUUUUUGUUGAAGAUUGGUCUUCAGAAAUUAUGGUCAGUAGUAGUAUUGGUUGAACGUCGAUUUUAAGAAAUUAUGAACAAUGGUUUUGAUUAAAGAUUAAUCUUAUAAAGAUCAAUGCUACUUAUUAAAUAUUGGUCUUAGAAAUUAAGAUCAGUGGUUUUGAUUGAAGAUUGAUCCUCAGAAAUCAUGAUCAGUGGUGUUGAUUGAAAAUUGAUCUUAAAAAAUCAAGAUCAAUGGUCUUUAUUGAAGAUUGGUUACUAAUUUUAAAUAAGUAAAUUAAAAGAUUGAUCUUAAGAAAUAAUGAUCAGUAUUGAUUGAAGAGUGAUUUUAAGAAAUCGAAAUCAAUGGUUUUUAAAUCAAAAUCUUAAGAAAUCGCGACCAAUGUUAUCGAUUCUUGUAAAUCAAGAUAACGUAUUUAUUGAAGACUAGUUUUCAGAAAUUUCGAUUAGUGGUUUUGAUUAAAGAUUUAAAAAAAUCAAGAUCCAUGUUUUUAAUUGAUCUUAAGAAAUAAAGAGUAAUUCUAUUUAUUGAAGAUUGGUCUAAAGAAUUUAUGAUUAGUAGUAUUGAUUGAAGAUUGAUUUUCAGAAAUCACGCUCGUUGGUAUUGAUUGAUAAUUGAUUUUAAAAAAUCACUAUAAAUAAUAUUGAUUGGAGAUUGAUUUGUAGAAAUCAAAAUCAAUGCUUUUGAUUGAAGACUGAUUUAAAGACAUUUGGUUAAAUUAUUUUUUACUCUUAUUGAUGGUAAUAACACAACAUAUUUGUACGCAAGAAAACCACAAAACUAUUAAUAUGUCGGAAAAAAUUAUGCACCCCAUCGUAUAAUACGGGUAAUGUUCUCUCUAAGGAUUAUAACAAUGUUUUAAUAUAAAAUAUUUCCUAUUUUCGUGCCAUUUUAAGAAAUUUAUUAUACGUAUAUAUGCUCCCAUAGUAGCAGUACAAUUUUACUUUUUGUUUUUUAAUAUUUUUACGUUUAACACAAAUUUUUAUUUUUCAUGUUCAAAAUGUUAUGAUUGUCACCAUUUUUAGAUUUAUCAACACAACAGACGAAGAUGACUAUGAUCGUUGACAAUUAUUAAACUGUAUUUUUAAUUGUAACUGCUAGGCUGGAUAAGCCUCACUCAUAUAAAUGAGUAGUUUAAUAAGUUCAUGAUUCAAUUCAAACGCCAGCAAAAAAUUUUUUAUAAAUGUCAACUACAUAACUCUUCAUUUUCUUCUAAUUACUUCAAUUAUCUUUCUUGGACUUUUCUACUUAUCCGUAGAUAGUACAAUUAACAAAAUUAUAAUUACCGUAAUUUUGGGGGACUUUGAUUCACUUUCGAAGUUUAAAUGUAGAUUUCAUUAAUUUGAUUAUAUAAAAGUAUGUUUAUUUAUUUAUUUUUAUUUGAGUUUUUGGCUACUUUUUUGCAAAAAUUACACUAAAACGCAAAGAAGGGCUUACUUUAUUAUAAAAAAAUAAAUAUGUGUUUUGCAAAGUCACCUGCUAGUGUCGGGUGACUUUGUUUUAAGCUACAUUUUACAUUUAUUCUUUGUUAUUAUUAUUGUUUGGGCUAAAGUCACUAUACAUAGGGCCUAAGUUCACAAAAAACAUAAUUUCGUAACAAAAAAUGAACAAUAAAACGAUAUACAAGCUUUUUUUUUUUAAUCUGGAAAAAAUAUCGGUUAUCUCCAAGUUUCACUGGCUCUGUGAAAUCAAUAUUACCCAAGUGGUAGGAUUUCUCUUACUACGACUUCGGACCAUUGCCAUAAACUUCUUUGACCCAGUACCAAUUACUUGCACCCAACCGUAGCAGUUAUUACUACCUAUUACAAAUCCAUCGAAUUUUCCUGGAAAGCUGUCCAAGUAGUCGGAUAUAAUUACGAAGUCUCCAACUUAAAUGGAAAACUCUUGUAUUAUCUUGUAUCUGCAUUAUUCCUAUAGCUCUCAUUAUAUGCAGAAUUAGACGUAGUAUCUGCAGUGUUUCCAAAAUCUUGUUUUUUGUUUUGAAACGUUUUGUUUUUUUUUUACCAUCUUAUGUUUAGGCAAUUCACUAGGCCAGCUGCAGCAAUGGUCACUUAUUCAGAGAUUUUUUGAUCUAGGCUACUGCCUACUGUUACGCAAAUCUGAUUAUUGCCUUGAUUGCUCGUCUGUUCAGUUUUCCUUCCAAUCUUACGUUUUGCUGCCAUUCCAUUUUUCGUUUUUGAUUUUCUUGUAGUGCUGUUUUUUUACUGGCUUCUUCUCAGCUGUUUUUUUUUUUUUUCAUUGCAGCAUCUUGUUGACUGAACAUCUUCAGCACAGAUGUUUAUUCCUGCUGCAAUUUCUAUUUUUCUUUUUCUUUUAACAACUCCAUCAACUGUAGACUGCAAUCCCAUUUUUUCUGCAAGAAAAUUUAAAACAGCGUGACUUACAUUCGAAGGUACUUGCGCAGCAUCAAUUUUAUAGUUUUCAAUUCUGGUUAGUACUUCCUUUGCUUUAGGAGAAAAAUGUCCCAUUUUCUAAAGCCACUUUCCAAAUUUUUUCCGCCAUUUACAAUAAUUAUUUCAAUCAGUUUUUUUGUGUGGUACAAGUGUGGUAAAGUUAAUAAACCCUGUAGUUGUUACAAUUUACUUAAAUACUUUAUAUACAAUUACUUUAAAUACAAAUUUAAAAUUAGCAUUUACAUAAUUUAAUUUAAUAUAGAACCAACGAAUGACCAAAAUCCGAGAAUCAAUAACUGGGCCAAAGUCACCCGAAAACCGAUAAAUUCUGUAGCACCUUGCAAAUAAUACCCAACCUUCUUAGUGUCUAUGUUUAGACUGAAGUAAUGCUGCAUAGCGUUUAAGAAUUUGCAGAUUUUCCAUACGCAACUAAGUAAUUAAUCUUACCCUUGGAUGUAUUAUUGGUUGCCAACCAAUUUUUCUGGAUCAAAAAAUCUUAUGUGAAAUGGCUCAUUUUAGAAAUUCGGUUUUUUCUUAAUAUAACAAGUAUUACCGUAAUUUAUUAAAAUUUUCCUACAGAUCAGUUUAUGGUUACUGAUGGUCCUGUGGUGUGGAAUAAUAAAAUUUAUUUACAAUGUAUUAUACAAAAGCCCUAGUUACUAUAAUAUCUUUCUCCCAAAAUGAGCCAAAGUUACGCUGGUGGGCCAAAGUCACCGAAAUUACGGUAUAAUAAAAUUAGAUUUAAAAACACCAUAAAGCUGUUUACCUAAUUACUCAUCUUUGGUAUUUUUUUAUCCCAUUGCAAAUAUUUACUUGGCGGUUUGCCAGAAGAGAUAAAAGCAGUACUAGCCAUUUACAGCCUUGCCAAGUACUAGAAGGUUAAUCACUGGAUUAAAUCAUUUUUCAUAACAUCCUACACUUAUAGAGAUUUAAUCGUAGCGAAAAUUGUACUGUUACCGGGAUAUUUAAGGAUUUUAUUAGUUUUAAGCGUUAUUUUUAUAGUUUUAUGUUAGCUUGGAUGGUAACAAUGCUUUUAAUGUUAUGUACCAUUUGUGACAAUGUAUAACAAGUGUUGGUGUACUGUCAUUUUGGUCCAUUAUGCAUUUAUACCAAAAAAAUAUCUGUUAGGGAAUUUGUUUGUAAUAAUCUUAACUUGAUUGCUACAGAUAAAUUUGUGAUAGUACCUGUCUUUUCUGUUACCAUUGAUAUCGUUGGAUUUGUUGUAUUUGUUUUUUAAUAAAUACCAAAAAAUUUUU